AUGAAGCUAUUUACUCUUCUCCAAAAGGCAACCGUCUCCCAAAGACUGAAUGGCAUGACCAAACUGUCCAAGGCCUCUUAUUCCACUUCAUUGUAUCCAUCUUCUACAGCCAAAUUCUCCUCGGCUGCGAUGGACUACUCCUAUACGGAUAGUGAUUCUGAAGAUGAGGACUUUCCACGAAUUUCGGCUCUUCUUCCUCCAUUGGCUGCCAACAGUCGCCGUGUCUAUUUGCUACGACAUGGUGAGACUGACUGGAACAAGCAAGGAAAGAUCCAAGGUGGUGGCUUUGACAUUCCCCUCAAUGAAAAUGGCCGCAAUCAAGCACGCGCUGCGGCUCGCGCCAUGGAAGACAUUCCAGUCUCACUGAUUGCUUCCUCUCCUCUCAGCCGGGCGUCCGAAACGGCCGAUAUGCUCACCCAUGGCCGAAAUGGCUACUACGAACGAGUUCUUGUGCCCGGGCUUAGGGAGAUGAGCUUCGGAGAAUUUGAAGGGUUUCCUCGCCGCAGACCAGGUGUCUGUCCCGAUCUCAAGGCAAGAUACGAACGGAUAGACAGUGCCUGCAAUGCGGAUCCCACUUUGGCCUUUCCGGGAGGCGAAUCAGCCGCCAUUGUAGCAGCUCGCGCCAAGGCUGCCUUUUUCGAAAUGUUGGAUCAAUUCUCGCAUCAUCAACAUAUUGCCUUGGUCUGCCAUUCUCGAUUGAACCGGAUUCUCAUCUCGGAGGCAUUUUUGAAUGAUGUUGCACAAUUUCCUAAUGUGGAACAAGGAAAUUCGUGUAUUAAUGCGAUUGAUAUUCAUGAUAAUGGAUCCACGGAUAUCAAAAUGUUGAAUUUCAUUGAGCAUGUCAAGGGGACGUUGGCUCCUGACUCGAAUGUAUAA